AUGGCCUUCCGUAUUUUCCUUAUCCUUGCGACGUUUCUGCUCUUCUUAGCGGCUUCUUCUACUACCGCAGAAACUACUAGCGCAACUACCUCCACCGACCCUUCUGCCCUUCCUUCGGAUAUUUCUUCGCUGCCAGACUGCGGUAUAGAGUGUCUCUCGACAGCCGGAAAGGAAAUUGGCUGCGCCGGUACUGACCUAGAAUGUAUAUGCUCGCAAAGCGACCCGUUUGCAGACAGUUUCGAGCAAUGUCUGAAAAACGAGUGCACUAUUAAAAUAUUCAAAACCUCUUAA